CCCAUCACGUGCCGGGACGGACGACAUCUCUCUCCCUCUCCGCCGUCAGGCACACCGGCGAGCUGAGCCGAGCCAGUGCGCGCGCUCCGCUUCCUAUAUAAUGCAGCCAGCUACCUAGCAGUUUUGGCAACCAUCAGACACCGAGCAGCAGCAGCAGCAGCGGCGGCCGGAGCCCGGACGGAGCCAACCGCCAGCUAGUCUGUCUGCCGCGCCGGCCCGCCGCUCGCUCCCGCUCCCCCUCCCCCGUCCGAGGAUCACGUCGCGCCUCGCUCGCGGUCUCGUCCACAGCUCCCGGUGCGGUCGGCGAUGGACGCUGCCGGGGACGCCAUGGAGAGAGGCGACCGCGCGCCGCUCCUGCCAGUGAGUCAAGGCCCAAAGGUUCGGGACGACGACAGCCUCCAAGUGCCACUGUUGAAGGAUAAGAAACGUGCCGGCAGCAAGGCGCCGGCGGUUGUUCUUGGGUUCGAGUGUCUGGAGAGCACGGCGUUCAACGGCAUCUCCACGAACCUGGUGGUGUACCUGGAGACCGUCCUCCACGGCAGCAACCUGGCCAGCGCCUCCGACGUCACCACGUGGUUCGGCACCAGCUUCCUCACGCCGGUCUUCGGCGCCAUCAUCGCCGACACCUUCUUGGGCAACUACAACACCAUCCUCGUCUCUCUCGCCGUCUACCUCCUUGGGAUGAUGUUCGUCACCUUCUCGGCGUUCCUGCCCACAGCCGCGGCGCUCGGCGGCGCCACCUCGGUGUUCGGCGCCAAGACCGUCGCCUUCCUCGGGCUGUACCUCGUGGCGAUCGGGCGCGGCGGGGUGCAGUCGUCGCUGGCGCCGUUCGGCGCGGACCAGUUCGACGACGCCAACCCGGCGGACCGGGACAGCAAGGCGUCUUUCUUCAGCUGGUUCUACCUCUGCGUCGACUUCGGCAUGAUCGUCUCCGGCCUCGUCAUCGUGUGGGUCCAGGACAACGUCAGCUGGGGCCUCGGCUUCGGCAUCUCCACCGCCUGCCUCGCGCUCGCCUUCGCCGCCUUCGUGCUCGCCACGCCCAUGUACAAGCGCCGCAUGCCCACCGGCACGCCGCUCAAGAGCCUCAGCCAGGUCGUCGUCGCCGCAUGCAGGAAGAUCGCCCUGAAGGCGCCCGCCGACGCCGGCAUGCUCUUCGAGGUCAGCGACAAGGUGGACGCCGCCCAGCCUAAGAUCGCGCAUACCGACGAGUUCUCGUUCCUUGACAAGGCAGCUAUCGUCUCCGAAUCGGACAUGGAGGAGAUGUCGUCGGAGGAGGCCUGUUCGUCGUCGUGGAAGCUCUGCACCGUCACCCAGGUGGAGGAGCUCAAGAUCCUGAUGCGCCUGCUGCCCAUAUGGGUGACUAGCGUCAUCGUGUCCUCGGCGUACGCGCAGAUGACCACCACCUUCAUCCAGCAGGGUAGCGCCAUGGACAUGUCCAUCCUGUCCGUGCCGGUGGCUGCGGCGUCGAUGGGCUCGUUCGAGGUGGUCUUCCUCCUCACGUGGGUGCUGCUCUACAGCAAGGUGAUCGUGCCGGUGCUGAGGGGCUUCUCCUCCGGCGGCGACGGCGAGCCGUCCCAGCUGCAGCGUAUGGGCGCCGGCCGGCUACUCAUGGCGCUCUCGAUGGCGGCCUCGGCGCUCGCCGAGAUGAAGCGCCUCGACAGCGCCGCGCGAGGCGAGGAGAUCACCAUCGCGUGGCAGCUCCCGCAGUACUUCUUCAUGGCCGGCGCGGAGGUGUUCUGCUACAUCGCGCAGCUGGAGUUCUUCUACGCCGAGGCGCCGGACACCAUGAAGAGCACGUGCACGUCGCUCUCGCUGCUCACCAUCGCACUCGGCAGCUACAUGAGCUCGUUCAUCUACGCCAUUGUAGCGGCGUUCACGGCGACGCCCGACAGUCCCGGCUGGAUCUCCGACAACCUUAACCAGGGGCACCUCGAUUAUUUCUUCUGGACCAUGGCUGCCAUGUGCACGCUCAACUUCGUUGUGUACAGCGGGUUCGCCAAGAACUACAAGCUCAAGACGGUGCUAUCAUGACGCAACUACAAGAUUGCUCAACUCGCCUCCAUCAUGGUCUUGGAGAUUCCACUGCAUUUUGUUUUUGCACAGUUGCAAAUUGGUGACUGGUAAAGGGUAACUAGGAUGCAAACAGCGGGCUAGCGGCUCAACCGCUCAACGGCUCGUAUAUCCAUACAAACGGACAGCGGUACAGUACAACAGUACGUAGGAUAGGAAGAAGAUGCAGUCUUUUUUUUCCCUUCUUUUUCUUUGAAGAAGAAACUGCACAGAUUCCUGUGGCAGCAACUAUUGUUCUUUUGAAAGUUGAAACUGCUGUUUUGUUUUUCCUUCAUACGGAGAUACAAUUCACAGAGUUCGAGGAUGACAAGACAUCAAUGUCAAUGUGUUUUUUUCA